AUGCGUGGCACCUCUGCCGACAGCAUGUUCGCGCCGUCGAAUGAUCAACUGACGGAUGAGGAUGUAGUCGGGCGCGUUUACGACAAUAAGGUCGUAGUGCGGUUCACGAGCUACAUUAAGCCUUACAGUAAAUUUGCCUUCAUAGCCCUGGGGUCGCUGCUGGUAUACGCUGCGUUCAACGCCGGAAUCCCGCUGCUGAUCAUGUACGGAAUCGACUGGGCGAUCGCCGAAGGUCAGGUAAACCGGGUACACAUCAUUGGCGCAGCCUUCAUGGUGAUCACGGUUAUCCACUUCCUGUCGAACCGCUUGCAGUUCAUAUACAUUUCGCGCACCGGGCAACACAUCCUGUACGACCUGCGCACGGGAAUGUUCAGCCACCUGCAAAACCAGUCCAACGCCUUCUAUAACCGCACGCCCAUCGGGCGCGUCAUGUCCCGUAUGCAGUCGGAUAUCCUGCAAUUGCAGGAGACUUUUGAACUGCUGGCGUUGGCAUUGGCCGAAUUGGUCACGGUCGGCGCGAUCAUUGUCCUGAUGCUGUGGGUCAACUGGCAGUUGGCGCUAGUCUGUAUGAUUGUAGUGCCGGUGCUGACGCUAAUCAUGAUGUACUGGCAGCGGUUUGCGCGCCACUCCUUCAUGCGGAUUCGCCGGGCUAUUGCCAUGGUGAACGGCGAGUACAACCAGAACAUCACUGGUGUCAGGGUCGUGCAGAGUCUUAACCGGCAGGAUGAGAAUCUGGAACACUUCCGCGAACUGAAUACCGAAUAUCUGAAUGCGAACCUGGAAGCCGCCCGCUAUUCGGGUUUGCUCCAACCGUUGGUUGAGUUGCUGAUCGGCCUGGGGAUUGGGAUGGGCGUUGUGCUUUUCGGUGGUUUCCUGUUGCAGCGCGGUAGCCUGGAAGUGGGCGUUCUGGUCGCCUUCGCUUUCUGGAUUCAGCGGUUCUUUGAACCGAUUCGCCAGUUGACGAUGCAGUACAGCCAGCUCCAAAGGGCAAUGGCCGCCGGCGUCCGCAUUUUUGAGGUCUUGGACCUUGAUCCCGGAUAUUCUCGACAAACCCGACGCCGAAACGUUGCCUGA